AUGUAAAUUUAUCCACAACCUUAGGAUGAAACAGAUAGAAAAUUGAUAGAAAUCCCAUUCAAUAUUAAGGAACAAACUCAAUAAAACAAACACUAAUCAGAGAGUAUUGAAACAACUUAAAAAGAUUAAUUAUCUUCUUAAUUUAAAUCGAAAGGCUUAUUAUCUUCAGAUCAGAAAUCCUGUUCUUAAAAGAAAGUUCGACUUGAUUCUACAGGUUAACCAAUAUUGAAAAAAUCUAAAGCUCAUUAAAUAACAUUUAGCAAUCAAUUACAACAAAUAUAUUAUGUAGAAAGCUGGAAAGAAUAUAAUUCAAAUGAUAAUUAAGAAGAAGAGAAAGAAACCUGUUGUCCUUUUUGUAAAGUCUUUUGAUAU